UAAUCCAGUGUCAGGCAAACCCAGCAGCAGGUCGCGACUUCCCUGUCAGCUCCAGAAGGAACCGGGGUCUGCGAGCACGAGCCGGGAGGAGCGACACCUUUUAACGUUACACACCUUUCCGGAGUCGUUAAGGCUACAAAGUAAAUUCCUACCUUUUGCUUUUAUCUUCUCCGCCGCCGGCACGCGACAAGUGGCUCGUCGGGACCCGCGGGAGGAAAGGAGGAUUCGCGGUGUGUUUUUUUUUUUGUAGCGACUCAGGCUACAAAGUUGCUCUCUGCUCACCUUAACAUGGCUGCGACGACGUGCACCAGGUUCACCGACGAGUACCAGCUGUACGAGGAGCUGGGGAAGGGGGCCUUCUCCGUGGUGAGACGGUGCAUGAAGAUCUCCAUAGGACAGGAGUACGCCGCCAAGAUCAUCAACACCAAGAAGCUGUCUGCCCGGGAUCACCAGAAGCUGGAGAGAGAGGCCAGGAUCUGCCGCCUGCUCAAGCAUCCCAACAUCGUGCGGCUCCAUGACAGCAUAUCUGAGGAAGGAUUCCACUAUCUGGUCUUUGACUUAGUUACCGGGGGAGAGUUGUUUGAGGACAUUGUUGCCAGGGAGUACUACAGCGAGGCCGACGCCAGUCACUGCAUACAGCAGAUUCUAGAAAGUGUAAAUCAGUGCCAUGUUAAUGGCAUAGUGCACAGGGACCUUAAGCCUGAGAAUUUACUCCUAGCCAGCAAGCUGAAGGGGGCGGCGGUUAAACUGGCAGAUUUUGGCCUGGCUAUUGAAGUGCAGGGAGAGCAACAGGCAUGGUUCGUUCCCUUCUCCUGAGUGGGACACAGUGACCCCAGAGGCCAAAGACCUGAUCAACAAGAUGCUGACCAUCAAUCCAGCCAAGAGAGUGACCGCCACAGAUGCACUCAAACACCCCUGGAUCUGUCAACGCUCCACCGUGGCGUCCAUGAUGCACAGACAGGAGACGGUGGAGUGUCUGAAGAAAUUCAACGCUAGAAGGAAACUCAAGGGUGCUAUCCUGACUACGAUGCUGGCCACUCGCAACUUCUCAGCUAAAGACCUGCUGAACAAAAAAGCCGAUGGUGUCAAAAUCAACAACAAGGCCAAUGUGGUCCCCGGCCCCAAAGAGCCCGCCCCCACUCCUUCUCUGGAGCCUCAAACCACCGUAAUCCACAACCCAGCUGACGGAAACAAGGAGUCCAGCGAGAGCGCCAACACCACCAUCGAGGACGAAGACGUGAGAGCUCGGAAGCAGGAGGUCAUCAAGGUCACGGAGCAGCUGAUCGAGGCCAUCAACAACGGCGACUUCGAAGCCUACACGAAGAUCUGCGAUCCCGGCCUCACGUCCUUCGAGCCGGAGGCCCUGGGCAACUUGGUGGAGGGCACCGACUUCCACCGCUUCUACUUUGAGAACGCUCUGUCCAAGGGGAAGCAGCCCAUCCACACCAUCCUGCUCAACCCCCACGUCCACCUGAUCGGGGACGAGGCCGCCUGCAUCGCCUACAUCCGCCUCACGCAGUACAUCGACGGCAACGGCAUGCCUCGCACCAUGCAGUCGGAGGAGACCCGCAUCUGGCACCGCCGCGACGGCAAGUGGCAGAACAUCCACUUCCACCGCUCCGGCUCGCCCACCGUGCCCACCAACUGAGAGGACCCGCCUACAGCAGACCCCGCCUACCAAGUGUCCAUCAGAUCCCCCCUCAGCCAAUCCUAGCCCCCCCAGUGUGUUGUUUACAUAUUGUCCCUGCUGGACGGAACAUCAUUGUACAUAAUGAGAAAAAACAAAAGAUUCCAGAGUGGGGGGGGGGAACCGUCAUUUUGUAGUGCGCGUUUGGUGUUGGUUCCAGGAGGUUUUUAAGAGUCCUACGUUUUAAAUAGACCUGGUUUCAGAGGAGCCCGUGGCGGAUUCGUUUUUAACGGGCUGGUGAAAUCUGGGAAACUUCCCGUUUUUUUUUUUUUUGAGGACUCACGAGCUCUUGUGAUGUGUUUUUUUUUGUUGCCUUUUGGCACGACGACCGAUAUAUAUCCCAUAUCUGCUUUCUACUCACGUAUCCUUCUCUUAAAGGAACAGGCGCGCACUCGCUCUUGUUUUGGUGAUGUACACGUUUUGGUAAUUGAUGUAAAUCGCUCUCGCUCGUUGCUUAGCAGCAGCCACAUGAACCGGGUCGGCUCCUUUUUUAAAUAACCUGUUUUCCGGUUUGCCACUGGCACCAAGUAUGUUUACUCUGAUUUUUAACUACGUGUCUAAAAGGGAAAACGAAUCCUGUGUUUUACCAUGUCUGUUUGGAGAAUGUAUAGACUAGAGACGUGCAUAUGAUUAUUAAGGGGUGUUCUGUGACUUUUCAGUCACGUAUUUUCAUACAAUAAGGAGCUCAUGGGUAUUUUAUCAGCCGUUUUGUUGUUCACUUUUGGAAAAUUGUGUGACGUUGACGCCCGUCCCCCCGCUUCUCACGACUUAGCGCUUUCCUUUGACCAUUUCAACUUCGACCGAGUCCCAUCUUGAUUCUGUUAGACCGGCGUACGACACUAAAGCCAGAAUGACGCCCAAUCACGUCUGGGAACAAGUUAGCCGUUCAGAAGAACAUCACCGUUUUAGCUUUAUUACUCUAUUGUGUUUUUUUUUUUGAGUGUCACGGUUCAAAGAAAAGGGCUUGUCGGCAUCACUUAUCCGGAAAAACCCUUAAGGGGGUUAAGGGGGUUGUGAGAUCCCUAAUGAACCUAAAAGGGAAAAGUUGAGUGACAUAUCACAGGGUGGCCACUGAUCUGUUCUUAUACACACAUAUUGAGAUUUUUUUUUUUGUUGCUUUAAUCACAUGUCACACACCACACUUAGUUUUUUUUUUUUUUUUAUCUUUCUAAGAUGCAUUCCGGGUGGGACACCAGUACGUAACGUGAUCACGAUGGGACAAUCCUGGUGUAUGUUUUAGUAUUCUAAUAAAAUGUGUGAUUUCUGCCAAGUGA